CGCUCGGCGCCCGGAGAAGACCCAGGGAGGUAGGUCGUAUCCCAGCAGCGCGGCCGUGGAGCAGCGCCGGGGGCGACAGCGCUCCUGGUCUGAGGGGCUCCAGGCAAGCGGCGGUGGCGGUGCCCGAGGCCCCUGAGCGAAUUGAGGACGAGGCUGCGAGGCCGCGCCCAAAGUAAGGCAAAAGAGAAUGAAAGAAGUAGAUAACCUUGAAAGUAUAAAAGAAGAAUGGGUAUGUGAAACAGGAUCUGACAAUCAACCUCUUAGUGAUAAUCGACAAACAAAUUGUGAAUAUUUUGUUGAUAGCCUUUUUGAGGAAGCUCAGAAGGUUGGUGCAAAAUGUGUAUCCCCCACUGAACAGAAGAAACAGGUAGAUGUAAGUAUAAAAUUAUGGAAAAAUGGAUUCACGGUUAAUGAUGAUUUCAGAAGUUACUCUGAUGGUGCAGGUCAGCAGUUUCUGAACUCCAUCAAAAAGGGGGAGUUACCUUCAGAAUUACAGGGUAUUUUUGAUAAAGAGGAGGUGGAUGUUAAAGUUGAAGAUAAGAAACAUGAAGUAUGUAUGUCUACAAAGCCUGUGUUCCAGCCCUUCUCAGGACAGGGUUACAGACUGGGAAGUGCCACACCAAAAAUCGUUUCUAAAGCAAAAAGUAUUGAAGUUGAAAAUAAAAGUAAUUUGUCUGCUGUUCCACUAAAUAACUUGGAACCCAUCACUAAUAUACAGAUCUGGUUAGCCAAUGGGAAAAGGAUUGUCCAGAAAUUUAACACUUCUCAUAGGGUAAGCCACAUCAAAGACUUCAUCGAAAAAUACCAAGGAUCUCAACGAAGUCCUCCCUUUUUCCUGGCAACAGCUCUUCCUUUCCUCAAAUUACUAGAUGAAAGACUCACACUGGAAGAAGCAGAUUUACAGAAUGCUGUAAUCAUUCAGAGACUCCAAAAAACUGCUGAACCAUUUAGAGAACUUUCAUAGCAUUAGUUUUUGAUAGACUAAGUGGAAAAUUUGGAGAGAAGUGGUGGUUGAAAGUGGACAUGCAAACCAAAAUGGAAAGAAGUCAUAUUUGCUGGACUUGUAGUUCGAGUAUUAUUUAACUCUCCCAAUGAUUUUUAAAUAAGUACACAGUAGGAAAGUAACAUAUGACUGGAAACUAUAUUUGAUGCACUUUUGAAUAUACUUAUUUUCAAACACUGAUUAAUCAACAUAUUUUAUGCAUUUUGGGGGCGGCGGUGGAAGCUGGCCUACAUGGGGAUCCGAAACUUCAACAGUGUUUUAACACCAUGCUGUAACCAACUGUACUAAAUGGCCAGCCCCCAAAAAAGAUAUUUUAAAUAGCUGUAUCAUUUAGAAUCUUAAUAUGGUAUAAAUUAGCAAAUAUGUUUACAGCAUCAGUCCUUCAAACAUUAUUCCCAAACAGUAGGGAUUUAUUUAAACAUUAGUUGUCUCAGAGUUUUUAAAUGGCAAUAUGUUAAAAAAAAAAAACAUACAUGGCAGGUUAAAAGCAUCAGUGUAAUAAUUUUAUAAUUCAGAUAUAAUCAAAAGGCUGGAAGGACCUGUUUUAACCACGGCUAUGCCUGAACCUCAAAGUGGUUUCUCAGUUUUCAUUCUGUAAUGGCAAGAUAUACUCAAAUAUCAAUUGGGAAACAGUAUCUAAGAUGUAUUUUCAUUUAAGAAUAAAAUUGUGUAGCUUAGUGUAAUGUCAGUAUUAAUCACAUUUCUAUACUUUCAAAAAAUGUAAUUUAAAAAAAAAAUUUUUCUGCCCAGGAACCCCAGUUUAUCUCCUUUCUAUAAUUUCUUUCAAAUAUUAGGGAUUUUUUUUUUUAGCUAAGAUUUGGGAUUAGCCAUUCAUUUGCCACCACUCACUUAGAAUCUAAUGCCUGUGUUGUCACUGUACUAAUUAAUGAAUAUUUUUUAAAUGCUCCUCGUUAAAGUAUGGUUUUCCAUUUCAUACGUCAGAGUCAACCUGUGUAUACAUUGAAAGACUAUUUAUUACUUUUUUUUUUUUUUUUUUUCCUGUCAGCUGGCCGGUAAGGCAAUCUGAACUCUUGACUUUGUUGUUAUAACACAUAUUUAUUACAUUCUGAUGUCACCAAGAAAUCAUGUUUUGUAUCUUAGAUGUUCAACUAAAAUCAGACCUCAAUAUUUCACUGUCAGAUUAAAUUCAAUUGCUUGAAAAUAAGUUUAAGAAGCUUUUUCACAAAUGUCCUAUUGAAUCAGAUUUAAAGUGAAGUAUAUAUUGAGGGCCGAGCCCGUGGCUCACUCGGGAGAGUGUGGCGCUGGGAGCGCCGAGGCUGCGGGUUCGGAUCCCAUAUAGGGAUGGCCGGUUUGCUCACUGGGUGAGCGUGGUGCUGACAACACCAAGUCAAGGGUUAAGAUCCCCUUACCGGUCAUCUUUUAUAAAAAUUUAAAAAAUAAAAAAUAAAAAAAGUAUAUAUUGAGUGCACCAGGGAACUAAGUGGCCCAUAUCAGCAGUAAUGUUCAUAGGGUUCUGGAUGUAUACUGUAAAGCAGCAGUUCUCAAACCUUUUGUUUAUGUAGGAUAUGCAUAUAUAUAUUUAUUCAAAAGUUUUAUUCAUUUAAAAAUAAUAACUUCCAAAGCAUAAAAAGAUUUAGUGAGAAAAGUGGCAUUGCAUUCUGUUUUUUGCAAAUAUCUUUAUAUGAUUAAAGAAAACAGGUGGUUUCUCAUAUCUAAUUCUACAUUCAAUCUGUUGUGAUAUCACACAUUAUGUAGCCACUGGAAAGCACCACAAUGCACUCAUGAGAGAAUGCAAAUAACACCUUUGUAUGAUUAUGAAAAAAGUUUUGACAUCACAGACCCCCUGAAUGGAUCUCAGGAAUCCCAAAGUGUCCCUCAACCACACUUUGAGAACCAAUCAUAUAAAGAAAUGGUUCUCAAUGACUCUCAGUUUUCAGUGUAAUAAUAAACUGUGGGCUGACCAGUUGUUAGCUCAGUUGGUUAGAUCACGGUGUUAUAACACCAAGGUCAAGGGUUCAGAUUCUCAUACUGGCCAGCCUCCGAAAAACAAAAACCACCUGGGGCACUUUUCAAAAAUGGCUGUUCCUGUCACCUACCACAAAUAUUAUGAUUCACUUUAUCUGGGAUGGGUGCCAGAUCUCUGCAUUUUUAAUCUCGAUUGAUUCUUAGGCAUAUGGUACAAGUAUCACUCUUCAGGAAAUCCUGCGCUAGGCUUUCACCCUAAGAAAAUAAAACCUACAUGCUUCACCACGAACAGUGGAAGACUCGACUGAAAUGGGGCUGCUAGACCUCUAAGUUUUAUCCUCCUCCCCAGAGUUUGCUCUUAGAAAGUCUGUUAGUCCUUUAACCCCAGACUAAUCAUGAUAUAAAUCCUUGCUUUAUCCUAUAGCACAGCUGAGUCAAGGUUGGGAUAUUUAACCAUUUUUACUAAAGGCUCAAUAAUAACAGAAGGGAAGUAUAUGUGUAACUAGAUUUAUAGCUUAUAAGAUAUAUCUUCUGUUUGUGCUCUAUUUUAAGAAUGCUUCCUUUCCCAGUUCCCAUCCUUCCACAUGGCGAAGUCUGUCUUUAUAUUAAGAGGAGGAGGAGGACAAAGGAGAGUCUUGUCUGUUUGUCAUUCUUAUAAAAUGAGGGGAUGGUGGAAUCAAUGAACUUAUCUUUCAGAUAUAGAAAAUAACUUAGGAUGAUUACGAAUAUACCUGAUCAAUAUAUCAUUCUCUAUUUCUAUAAAGGGCCUGUCAUUGAGAAUCUUUCUGUGUACCUAUAGAAAAGCCUCGUUUGUGGAUUUUCCAGUUAAUAGUUAUUUAGCCAGAAGACAGAGUUUUCUUGUGUGUAAAUGUAGAAUACACCCCAGUGAAAGUUCAUUAUAGAGAAAGACCUGUCAUCAGCAAUAAAACCUUCAUUUUUAUAACUGAAAAUUUUCGUUACUGUGAAUAUUGUCAAAGGUUUUCUAAAAUGAGAAUCACCUGACAGAGCUUUUUUACCUGAAAGUUUAAAAGUUGUAAAGUUGUUAAUUAAAUGUGUGGAAUACUCAAAACAGUUGACUUUGGAAAACAUAAACUGAAUUUGCCAAGGGAAGGAAAAGUUGGAAAUAAGCAAGCAUCUUAGGUAUGGAAUACAAUUGGACCUAAGUUUCAAAACUGUUAUCAAUUGAUUUCUGGAAAAUAAUUGCUAGGACUGAUGUAUAGAAAUACAUUUGUAAUUUUACAGAUUCUGUUUAAUGGUUAAAUUACUAUGCAUUAUCCAAGUUAAAAAGUAAUCUUAUUUAUUUUAUAUACUUCUCUCAUUCAGUAUACUUUUCAUGAUGUUUCAGUGUGUUGAUAACAUGGUAUGUAUGCAUUUAUUUCAGUGCCUUAAAGUAUUUUGAAAGCAAUCUUUUGCUAAUGGCUAAAGAACUGUUCUCUUAAGGAUGAAAUACUGUUUGUUAAAAGGAUCUGUGAAAUAAUUUACACUUGUUGUACAAUAGUUACAUAUGGAUACAUUUGUCAUUUUCAUUUGGCAAAGUCAUUCAGUUUUAAUAAUCAACAAACAUUUAUUAGGUGCCUUCACUUUAACCGAGGUUACUUUAAUUUAAUACUCAGAAAUGUGGAAAUGAGAUAUUUUUAAUACCAACUCAAUAGUUGUGUUUAUUUUUAAACCAUCUUUUGUGUCCUGAGUUGAACUAGCAUGACGACUCUUUAAUAGGGUUUAUUCCUUUGUUCUUUUU